GUCGAAUGAUGAGUAUUAGUAUUAUUCGAAGUCGCGCAUCGCUAGUCUGUUUAAGAUUACGUCAAAAGUCAAAAUAUAAACAAAUGUUUUACAAAUGUGUUUAUUAAUUUGUAUAAAAAAUGGAUAAGUAUGAUACUUCGCAACUCACAGAAUUUCCAAGAUACGAGGCCGAGUCCACCCAAAGUGGUGUAUCCACGUUUUUCAACAAACUUUGGAAAUUUCCUAUAUUUACUCCAAGCGAAAGUUCAGAAAUUGUUCAAGAUAAAAGUCCAACAUUGGUAAAACAAAAUGCUCAGAUGUCUGAUGAACAAAAACAGGACUGUGAUGAUUCUAAGACGGAGACGGGUUCUUACGCAGUCGAGUUUGAAGGCCGAAGUUUACCUAAUGUUUUGAGGCGUAUCAGUAGUCUCAUAGCUUUAGGGUCGGGGGGCCAGGGGACUAGAUAUGCCGACACUGAACUUGCCCGUUACUGGAUGCCCGAUGAUAUUUCCCGUGAGUGUUACGAAUGUGCCUUGAGAUUCAGCACCCUACGCCGCAGACAUCAUUGUCGGGUGUGUGGCCAGAUAUUCUGCUCCAGAUGUUGUAGUCAAAGAGUUCCCGGACAAAUAUUUGGUUGUGCAGGAGGUCUUCGUGUAUGUAAUUAUUGUUGCAAUGUGGUUCUCAGUUACCUAAAAGAGAAUGAUAUGACUAGUGAGAUAUCUCCAGAUUUGAGAACUCUGCAGGAAAAUUUGCAGGUAAAGUUUCCUGAGAACAGGAGUAAUAGCAGCAAAUCCCGCGACAGCUUCAUGUUCGCGCGCCAGCAGGAGGAGCGCUGCGAGCCGCGCCCCACGCCCACUGAAGCCCUGCUCGACUUGUAUCGCCAACUGGUCGCGGCCUUGCCACAACAACAACACAGGUAUCGUUUGGUGAGGUACAACGGAGUAUGGCGCGGAAAUGACAUUCUGCAGUGGGUCAUGGAUAAUACGAAUUACAAAACUAGGUUCCAAGCGAGCCAAGUGUGCCAGAAUCUGCUCAGCUCCGGGUACAUGGAGUGUGUGAGCGAGUUGCUUCAGUUCGCCGACUACGCGCUGUACCGGCCCACCGCACUACCCGCGCUGUCGCAGGACGAGUCGUCCCCGCCUGAAGAAGAAGGUAGACUGCAUGAGAGCGUUUCAUCGUAUUGCCUCGAUCUCAACCUCGGUAAUAGCUCAGCGAGGCUAAUAAAGGCACCAAAACAAGAAACAAGACCUUCGCCGCCUAGUGAAGAGGAUUCGAACCCGGUUUUGGAACAGAGCGAAGGUCUCGCGGCACCGAGGAAGGUGUGCAAGGCGUUAUUGGAGGCGGGCGAGGACCACUUGAGGCUUUUGUUGCGACAGUGCCUCGCUAGAGAAUCCCUGCCUGCCUCGUGGCUGCCAGUACUGGCCGCGCUGUGCCAGCAGGCGGCCGAUAUCGUCAUGCCUGACUUGUUCAGCUCCGACAUUGAUAUCCGCAACUACGUGCAAGUGAAGAAAGUCUCUGGCGGUUCGCUGCGCGACAGCUGCGUGGUGCACGGCGUUGUACUCACUAAGAACGUGGCGCACAGGGGAAUGCCACAGCAAAUCUCUAAUCCUACAGUGUUGCUGCUGGACUGCUCCAUCGCCUAUCAGCGAGUGGAAGGGAAGUUGACAUCCUUAGAGCCAGUGUUGUUGCAGGAGGAGCAAUAUUUGAUGCGUUGCGCAGCCCGCAUCGCCGCGUUACAGCCGCGCGUGGUGUUAGUACGGGGCAGCGCCGCCCGUGCCGUUCAAGACUCGCUGCGGGAAGCGGGCCGAGCGCUCGCCACCCGCCUGCGGGACCGAGCGCUGGCCCGGUGUGCCAGAUGCACGCGGGCUGAUUUGGUCUCCUCCAUCGAUGCUAGAAUCGGCACCCCCAGACUCGGGACGGCUGAAAAAUUCUACGUGAAAAACUUUCCGAACAAAACGCUCAUGGUGUUAGAAGGUUGUGCAGAACCCAAUCUUGGUUGCUGCAUAUUACUGCGUGGGGCGUCUCUCCAAGAGUUGAUAAGAGUGAAGAAAGUCGUCAAAUUCAUGCUGCUAGCCUGCUACAACUGGAGACUGGAGAAGGCGUUUUUAGGUGACAUCGAAGCUAUACUACCAGAGCCGGGAAUGACGUUCGACGACGACUGCGAAAAUGUAAAUGACGAUACAAACGAAAUGCCCAUCGACAGAGAAGACACUGACGCCAGCGAUACAGUUAUGAGUAACGACGAUUGGGAGGCUACAAUAGCCGCUAGUAAAAGUAAAGAGUCUACAAGACCAGAUUCUGCGAAUUCCGUAGAAGUUAAAACUGUGUCUGAGUUUAACAAAAGGGUGUCAGAACCAGAUGAUCCAUUGCAAAGAACGAAACCUUUCAGGAAGGUGGAUAGUGAAAAGAAUUUUAGUUGCGGCGUUCCGAUUAGGGAUUUCAGUGAUCCUUUGCGAGCUACACUUGAUGACGACGUGUUUUUGCCGAAGGAAGAAGCUAAGUUGAAAGCUGAUAAUCAUACAGAGAGAUGGUGCACAGACGACGUGGUCCUAUCAAUGUCUCCAAUCACCGUCAUCCCGGCGCCGUACUUGGAAACAGAGGCGGGCCGCAAGUGUCCCUUGAGGCAAUACUUUCCACAGCCUUUACUGAAAGUACCUAAUAGAGCGCCUCAUACGCCCAAACAAUUACAUAGGAAGAUCAGCAAGCCGCAGCAGAACGAUGUCGAAUUGAAGGAAGUGCACCCGUUCAUUCGCGAGCCUCUGACCGCGUCGGCGGAAGACUUGCGUGUGCGCGCCUCUUUAGCGCACUACCGCGCCACUGGCGGCCGGUACCGCCCCGAUAAACAUAAGCACGAGUGUCCCCUCUACAAGCCGUGCGUUGUGAAGCGGAGUCAAAAGGAGCCUUCCCCUGAAGUGGAGAAGAUCACAGAAGAUCAGCAACUAGACCCGCUGGCCCCAGAGCAGCACCAGCGACUCAGCAUGCUCAUAUACAGCUAUUGUGCCAAGUCCGCUAACGUGCCAGACUUCUGCGUCAAUCCAUGGAUAGUGACGAUGGAAUUGUACGGCAAGCACGACAUAUCGUUGGGCGCGUUCUUGGAGAAAUACUGCUUCAACCCGGACUACAAGUGCCCGUCCACCAGUUGUCAAGUGCCGAUGAAUCAACAUGUUAGAAGAUUUGUCCACGGUGAUGUAUGUUUAACUGUGACAUGUAACACUAUUGGACAUAGCAACGUGGAUAAAAUCAAAGAAGAUCAAAACAAACAGGUCAUGUUCUGGUCGCGGUGCGAAGUAUGCGGUGCUAGCGGGCGGGCGCGGGCUCUGAGCCCGGCGGCGCUGUCGUGGUCUCUUGGCGCAUAUUUACACGCGCGCGCGCUAGGCGGUCGGCCUGCCCUGCGCGCGCCGGCGUGUCCGCACGCGCUGCACGCGCACGCGCAUGCCUUCGCGCGCCGCCUCACCACCGCCUGCGUACGGUACAGUAAAAUAUCAACGCACGACAUAAAACUACCGCCGAAAGUCAUAGCCACAAACUACGACACCAAGAAAAUGCGCGAAGCUCUCAUACAACAGCUCAACGACCUUAUGCUUAAAGGUCACGAAACGUUCAGCGGUCUGACAGACAGCGAGGCGGAGAAAGAACAACAGAACUUCAAACAACACUGCGACCAGAUACUGUGCGCCCUCACCUCCGGCAAUCUGCAGGAACACACGUCGCUCGCAGGCGUGGUCCGCAGCCUAUGGAAUGUGUCAGACCGCAUCAUCUCGGGCGAGAAGAUGCUGCGCGACGCCCAGGACAAGUGGGCUGCACCGCAACGACAUAAUAACAAACCCCAACCGGAAACUGCUGUUGAGGAGAAGUCUGACUUGGAAGACUCAGCCGGUGAAAGUGCCAACGACAGUUCAGGUACCGAAGAAGACGAAGAGAAGGGAGAUAAGAAGACAGUAAGGCAAAUACUCUCACAGUUGCUGUCCAACAAUCAACCUUCAAACCAGGUUGGUAUCAUAAUAUCGUCCGGAGUGUUGCCCGUGGUGGUCUGCGCGGGUGACAUCGGCUCCGUGAUCGCCGCUACUUUAGCUUCAAUCACAUACCAGAGGACGAUGAGGCAGCAAAGACAAAGUACUCAAACGGAACCUGACGAAACGGAAACUGUGCCCGCCAAAGAGAAGACCGAAGGCGAUAAGACCAAAGCAGCCAAGUCCAACGACCACAUCGAAGUCUUACUAAAGGACGGGCUAUUGUGCCGCGUUUAUUACGCGCCCCAGUUCCAGAAGCUUCGACACAUGUUACUCGCGCCACUGUCCAACAACCAGAACAUUACUGACGAAUUCCUCACCACGCCGCUAGAACAUUCCACUAACGACGUCAAGUGUUGCAGCGAUGAUAAGGAUAAGACUGACGGUAAAAGUUUGUGUGAGAUCGAGGAGGGUUUCAUCCGCUCGCUGGCGCAUUGCGUGCCGUGGGCGGCACGCGGUGGGAAAUCCGGAUCCACCUUCUGUAAGACUAAAGACGACAGAUACGUUCUAAAGGAGAUGACGAAGCCGGAGUGGCAACAAUUCCUGGAGUUUGCGCCGCAUUACUUCAACUACGUCAUCAACUGCCAUCAGAACAACCUACCAAGUUUACUAGCGCGCAUAGUGGGCGUAUACAGCGUGGGUGGAGCCGGCAACGGGAUCCUGGUGAUGGAGAAUGUUUGGUACGGGUGCGGGACCAACACUACGCGGUUCGACCUCAAGGGGUCCUCGCGGCAUCGCCUCGCCACCGACACGCCCGUGCUUAUGGACGAGAACUUGCUGCACUUACGUUGGGAGAGGCCGCUAUACGUGUUGUGGCACGCGGGCGCGGUCGUGUGGUCGUGCAUAGAACGCGAUACAAACUUCCUCGCCGGCCACGCCGUCAUGGACUACUCGCUGCUGCUGGGGGUCGACGGGGACGCGCUGGUGCUGGGGCUCAUAGACUACAUCCGCACGUUCACAUGGGACAAGAAACUCGAGCACUUAGUAAAGAAGAACUUGGGCUCCGGUCAGCCUACCGUUGUAUCGCCCGACGAAUACAAGCGUCGUUUCUGCGCAGCCGCGAGGAAAUACUUUCUGCAAUGUCCCGGACACUGGGACCAUCUAUACGAUAUUUUGGACAAGUCAGCCUAAACGCGUAUCCUACUUUUUAUUUUUUAAGAUCUCAUUCACGAAUAAAAACGUCGAUUUAGCAUGCAAGAAAAUACUUCCUGCAAUGCCCCGGACACUGGGGCUAUCUCUACGACAUUUCGGACGAGUCGGCCUAACCGAGUAUUGAGCUAUUGUAUCAAAAAUAUUAUAUUUACUAUACUCGAAAACGAGCUAGCUAAUUAAUAGCCCAAUCAUGAGAAGUCUCAGAAAUCAGGUCAAUAAUAUAAAACUAAGAAUUACCUGUUUCCAGUGUGUGAAGUUAAUUAAGUUAUUUAGUAACAUUUUGUUGGUGAUUUCGUAAAAUCUCAUUGAAUCUACAUUAUCUAUUUAAAAUUAUUAUUGUUAUUAAAUAAAACAAGUUUGAGGAAUGCGUCGUCAGAAUAAUUAUUGAUGAAUCAUUAUUCCGACGACACACAAGGAUGCGCAGCGUCAAUAAAUAAAUAAAAUGUGUGCAGCGAACCCAUUGAAACCUGUAUUAUUUAAUGAGUGAUGCGAGUGAAAACUUAAGAAACAAAUAUUAUUAUUGUUAUAUCAAUUACUGUACAAUCCAGUUUUACAUAGCAGUAAUUGUUGAAAUUAAUAAAAGAUAUACUUAUGAAAAAGCAACUUUAUCUCCUGAUAAACAGGACAAACUAUGCAGAUCGAACAAGUCGAUCUCAUGAUUAAUUAUUAUUAUAAAUACCAGUUUCUAUAAGUUUAAAUAUUAAUUAUAUAAAUGAGAUUUUUAAUUAAUUAUAUGAAAAUGUAUGGCUAUGUAAAAAGCAUGUAAAUACAUAGAAAUCUACUUAGUUUAUAGUUACAUAAAGCAUUCCUUAAUAAAUUAUUGUUAUUGCCAA